UAGAUCUAGAACUCUUUUUCUAGUCAAGUUUAGUUACCUUACAACCGGAAGUGAAACCGGUCUGAUGCAAGAUUUUGGCUGCCUCAAGCGUGUUGAGUGUAGGGAAUCCACAAUCUGCUCAGUUCAGAAACAAAUUUGAGUUUUUGACUGCCUUCACGUCGAAGAAAGUUACAUUCUACGGUACAGAUAUUUCAACCACGAUGGCGGACGAAGAUCUUCUGCCUUUUGACCCCACUAUGAAGAAGAAGAAAAAGAAGAAGAAGACAGGCUUUGACUUGGAUGCUGCCAUGGGAGAAGACAGUGGGGCUGCUGAUGGCCAGCCCUCUGCCCCCGCGCCACCAGUUCAAGAGGAGGAACCAGAACCAGAGCAGGAAGUUCAGACUGCACAGGAUAAAGUCUCUGAUGAUAUCUCCCUUGACUUCACAAACAUGAAAAAAAAGAAGAAGAAGAAAAAGACCUUUGAUCUGGAGGAGAUUGGUGAUGCAUUGCCUGAUACAGCAGAUUCUGAAGCAAAUCAAACAACCACAGCCACUCUUGAUGAUGACUUAGAAGAUCUUGACUUCACCAAGAAAAAGAAGAAGAAGAAGAAGCCAGUAACCCUCGAUGGAGGAGCAGAUGAUGCUCAAGCAGAUGACAAUGAUGAUCAAGGACUAAUGGGAGAUGAAAGCUCUGGUGGUUUGUGGCUUGGCUCAGACAGAGACUACACAUAUGAUGAGCUGCUGACCAGAGUGUUUGAAAUCAUGCGUGAAAAGAACCCUGACAUCAUGGCUGGGGAGAAGAAGAAGUUCGUAAUGAGGCCUCCACAAGUUCUUAGGGUCGGAACGAGGAAAACGUCCUUUGCAAACUUUGCUGAUAUCUGCAGAUUGUUACACAGACAGCCGAAGCACGUGCUGGCAUUCCUGUUGGCUGAGUUGGGUACAAGUGGUUCCGUGGAUGGAAACAACCAGUUGAUCAUCAGAGGCAAAUACACACAGAAACAGAUUGAGAAUGUUUUAAGGAGAUACAUCAAGGAAUACGUUACCUGCCAUACGUGUCGGUCAAGGGAGACUAUCUUGCAGAAAGACACACGCCUGUUUUUCCUCCAGUGUGAAACGUGCGGGAGCAGGUGUUCAGUGGCAAGCAUCAAGACCGGUUUCCAGGCUGUCACAGGAAAGAGAGCAGCUAUCCGUGCCAAGACAGCCUAAGUGGCGUGUACAGUGCUUAUGCUGUGGGGUGGGGGUUCCAUUUCUGUGUGGUGGCUGACACAGGCAGUAGGCCAAGCAUGGUGGGCUCUUGUAUCAGACAGUGUGAGCUUGUCAUGCGUGAUGGCCCAGGGCACUUUAGGUUCGGAGUUGGGUGUGGUUUCCUUUUGCCACAGUUAUUUUAAUCAAUAACUUUGAAAUUUAGGCUGUAAUAGAAAAGUUAAUAGUCUACAGACAGAUAAAUAUGUAGAAUAUUUUGAUGAUGCUUGGAUUUUUUUUUUUUUUUAAUCAACACAGAUAACAAUUUAUAACAGUAUAGCAGUAGUUACUUUGACAGAUCUAAAAGCAUCCGGUUUACAUAAAGAAAUUAGGGUUUUGAUUUCUACCGUAUUGGAAAUAGUAAUAUUUUGAUGCAGACUUUGGAACUUCACGAAAGACCUUGUCGUGUUGUAUAUGAGUGACUGACUCUGUGUGCUUGUGAUAUUUUUUUUCUGUCUGAGGAUGAAAGUGGGCUCAUUGGCUCUUGGAAUUGGUGAAUGGGAGUGAUGUUUGCCCUGUUCAUAAGUCACAUGAUGCAAUGCGGGUAGCAUGUGUCAGAAUCCCUUUCCUUGAGUCAAAAUGCUUGGAGGGGGGGUUUAUAACGGUUCUCCAUCUUAACUGAAAGCAUAAAAUGAACUGGUAGAGAGAAAUUCACCUAAUACUCAGAGGGAUAGAAGACCGUUUGCCUCAAAGUUUGUGCCUACCUUCUUUGGGAAGGCAAGCACUGAAUUUUAGGUCACUAAUGUAUUGCGAUGUUCAUUGAUCUUGAAGUAAUGAAGUCCUUCUCAAAAAGCUUGGAUUGUAAUUCCGUGGAAUGUUUCAUGCCCUUUUGUGGACUCAUUUGCUGUGUCGCCGGAUAAGGAGGGUUGAUAUUUUGCAUCUCUGUUGGCAGAACUGUUACUGUUUGGAGGCUCUGAAAUACUUGUAGUAUAAUAUGGGAUACUAUGGACCUGACCCUUACUUUGCUCAAUUCUUGACGUAAAUGUCAUGGUAUUGUACUGCUCGGUGGUUAGACCUAGAUCUAUUAGUUUGAUUUUCGAGGGUACUUGUUCUCCUGCAGCUUUGAUUACAAUGGAAGUGUUCUGUCCUGCCUUGAUUUCUGUCAGUUAUAACACCUCAUGGUUCUAUGCUCGUGAUUCUGUAAGCGAGAGAGUGAUUCUGCGUGAAUUUGGUUCUGAAUGUGAGACAGCGGCGUUUGUUUGUGAGAGAAGAGGAGGGCUGCAAGUUGCUGUUGUCAGAAGUGGAAAAGAAUAACUUAAGUUCUGCGUUGUGUGCAAAAUGUGUGAAAGGUAGAAUUAUCUGGAAUUUAUUUAUUUCAUAGAUUCUGUGCUUGCAUUAACUUAAAUGCAUCAGCAUUUGUCAGACAUUGUUAUGUACAUUACGCACACUGAUUCUAGUGGAAGUGGUGUCAUGAUUUUUAAAAUUUUUUGGUGUCAGGCUGUACUGUAAACUUUCUGAAAUAUAAAGUUAUUUUUAACUCUCCAAAGGUUUUUAUUCUUCUUAUUGAUAUUGGCUUUGGUUAAGGUUUUUCCCUCUUAGUCUUAGUAAUGUACAGCACAUAAGAUUUGAUUCUGGGUUUCAUUUGUGAUCUUUUUUCCUAUAUUAUAAAAAAAGCUAUUUUUCUAUUUUUCAGUGUGUAUGGGUAAUGUGUUAGGUCCUGGAACUGGGCAGUGAAAAAAGAAUUUUAAAAACAUUUGGGGAGAAUGCCUAGCAGGGAUUACAAGACAUGAAAUGAAAUGAAAUGAAAAUUCUCCUUUAUGGUACAUCAAUCUUAUUGAUCAAAUUUUUUUGUUUUUGGGAAGAGUGUUUGUCGAUUUUGAAUGCUGCGGAGCUGCGUUUGGUUUGAAGAGAAUGAAAAAUAAAAUGUUUGUACAAUUA